AUGGAGGCAGCGGGCACGCGCAACCGCUCCUCCGCGCGUCACGGCGCGGCGGUGCCGUUCAGCGGAAGCGUGCGGCGAUGGCGCAAGCAGUGGACCGCCGUGGGGCCCACCCGCCGCCUGCUCGUCCUCAGAUGGACGCCACAACCCCCCCGACCAUCAGGUACUCUUCCCCCACCAGGUAUGCGCGCCCUCCGCCCACCAGGUAUGUGCGCCCUCCGCCCACCAGGUAUGCGCGCCCUCCGCCCACCAGGUAUGCGCCCUCUUUUCCCUGCCGCCGCUCCCUCUUGUGCCCCUGGGGGAGAGGUUCGGUUACUUGCCUUGCAAUCGCCUGGGGGAGGGUCGAGAGGGGAAGCAGGGGCAGCAACGAGUAUGGGGCUUGGAGGUCCAGUGAAGGUCACAACACAGGCACCGGGGCAUGGGGUUGGGGGUGCUGGUGGGGGCGUAGGCAUGCGUGGGGGAGCGGACGGGGAUGGGGAGGAGAAUGAGGAGGAAGAGGGUGGACAGGGGAGGAGGUGGAGGAGGAGGAGGAAGAGGAGGAGGAGGAGGAGGAGGAGGACGAGGAGGAGGAGGAGGAGGAGGAGGAGGAAGGGGGAGGGGGAGGGUGAGGAACAGGAAGGGGAAGAGGAGGAGGAAGAGGAGGAAGAGGAGGAGGAGGUGGGUGUGGAGGGUUCAACUCCGAUGAUUGAUGAUACAGAGGCAGAAGAGGAAGCAGAGGAGGUGGAAGAGGAAAAUGAGGGGGAGGAGGGAGAUGAGGGGGAGGAGGGAGAUGAGGGGGAGGAGGGAGAUGAGGGGGAGGAGGGAGAGGAGGAAGAUGGGGGAGAAGAGAAGAAUGAGGGUGAGGGAGGGGAAGGGGGUUUAGAAGGAGAUGGAAGAGGGGAUGGAGAGGAGAACGAGGAAGAGGGGAAUGGAGAUGAGGAAGAGGAGGAGGAAGAGGAGUUAGAGGGAGGAGGAGGAGGAGGAGGGGAAUGCACACAAGGGUGGGGAGGGAGAUGA